UAAUUCUGUCUCACACUUCAUUCCUCUCCCUGAAGAAACCGCUGCUGCCCUGUGAUAAUACAUAGCUAAACAACACUCUUUCAAGAAAAGCUGACAAAGGGAACCAUGAAUGCCACAUUCCUUCAACUCACCAAUGGAUCCCUCAACUCCACUGACCGCUGCCCCAGAGACAACCGGAUUACUCAUUUGAUCUUCCCAGCCCUUUACACCACUGUGUUCCUUGCCGGGAUGUUACUGAAUAGCUUGGCUUUAUGGGUUUUCUUUAGGAUUCCCAGCUCAUCCACUUUCAUAGUCUACCUUAAAAAUACCCUAGUGGCGGAUUUGAUAAUGACUCUGACGCUCCCUUUCAAAAUUCUCUCAGAGGCAAACCUUGGACCCUGGCAAAUCCGAGCUUUUGUCUGUCGUUUCUCAGCAGUGAUCUUUUAUGAGACCAUGUACAUUGGCAUCAUCUUACUUGGACUCAUUGCUUUUGACCGCUUCCUCAAGAUCAUCCGGCCCUUUGGGAAGUUCUGCGUGCAGAAGCCCAUCUUUGCUCAAAUCCUUUCUGUCCUGAUCUGGUUCACCUUGUUCUUCCUCUCCUUGCCAAAUAUGAUCCUAUCUAACAAGGAAGCCACACCACAAUCUGUAAAAAAGUGUGCUUCCCUAAAGGGCCCCUGGGGCCUUACGUGGCACAAAGCAGUUAAUUAUGUGUGUCAGUUUAUCUUCUGGACUGUUUUUUCUCUAAUGCUUCUGUUUUAUGUGGUGAUUGCCAAGAAGGUAUAUGAGUCUUUCAGAAAAUCCAAAAGUAAAGACGCCCAAAGCAACAAGAAUCUAGAAGGCAAAGUCUUCAUUGUCGUGGCCGUAUUCUUUGUAUGCUUUGCCCCUUUCCAUUUUGCAAGGGUCCCCUACACUCAGAGCCAAACCAAUAAUAGCAAGACGGACUGUGCUGUGCAGAACCAGCUGUUCCUGGCUAAGGAAGCCACUCUUUUCUUGGCCACAACCAACAUCUGCAUGGAUCCCCUGAUAUACAUAUUCUUAUGUAGGAAAUUCACAGAAAGGAUGCCGUGUGUGAGGAAACUUAAAAUGACAAGCCAAGAAAAUCACACCAGUCAAACUGAUAACAUAACUUUAAGUUGACAGAAUUUGUGAGUAACCCCUCAUUAAGCGUGUGGGCAUAGAAGAAAUGUUGUGGCGUGGUUUUGUCUACUUUGGCUGGGAAAAUGGAAUUUAAGGGUUAAAACAAAGUGUUGGGGCAGGGGAAAGGGAAGGACAUGACUGGAAUGUACGUGCUCUGCUAUUACUUGAUUUUCAUGCAUGUUGCAUAGAAAGGAUAUAGUUAACUUUAAUUUCUGAAUGCUACGUAUGAAGAAAGGGUUGAUUCAAAUGAACGGAAUUGUUCAUUAGACUUGGGAGAGAGAAAAAAAACCUACUCCAUCUGAGAAAGGGUUGAUUUAUAUGAAAAGAUCUAGUUCUCUUAAGAGAACAUUUGACCACUAAAAGUUACUUCCAACUUAAAAUAAAAAAAUAGCUUUGAAAUAUUGGGGAAGGGGGAGUUAUUUGUUGAUAUCUGCACCCCAGAGUGAUCAUCAGUUUCUCUCUGAAACCUUGAAAUUCCCCUGGUGUACUACUUCCCAUUGGUGGCACUUCUGAUGAAUCCAUACAUUAUGGACAAAUGACUUUUAUUUGUUAUCUCUGGUCAGUUCUACAUCUCCCUGUGUCUGCCAGAGUCCAGUGGCAUAAUCACUUUUCUAAAAGUUUCUUACUCUAGCUAUUUAACAGACACACAUACUGUCCCCGAAAGGAAUGUCUGGCCUGAUUCGUCUGGUUAGUAAGGGUCUCUUCCCUCAGCUCCCCCUCCAGUGAAACACACUACCUGUGAGGCCUUGGACAAAUCACUUAACUACUCUGGGCCUACGGUACCUCACCUAUAAAACAGAGGAGAUGGAGUUAGAGACUUCUGAGUUCCCCCUCUAGACCUAUUAUCAUAUGAUCCAGCCUAUAUAUCUUUAUCUGUGUACAUGCUGUUUUCCUGCUAUUAGACUGUAAUCUCCUUGAGGGCAGGAAUAGUUGUUUUAUCAUCUUUCUAUCCCCAAUCUCUAGUACUAUGCAUAAAUGGAAAUGAAAUUUCAGAAGAGACCAAAUCUUUUGUUAUUUUUAUAAUCCAGAAGAUGGAACAAUUCUAGAUCAUGGAAUAUUAGAUUCACAAAGGAUUUCAGAGAUCAUUGGGUGCAACCCUGUCCUUUUAUAGAUGAGGAAACUGAGGCCCAGUGAAGUUAAGGGACUUUAUCUAAGGUUAUAUAGGCAGUAAGGGGAAGAGGAUUCAGGAUUUGAACUCAGGCCUUUCGAUUCAAAAUACAGAGCUCUUUCCACUACUCUAAGCUGACUCUCAGGUGCUUACUGGCUGUUUUCUUUUAAAGAAAUAGAAAACCAAAAUGGGCUUGGUUAGAAGAACCUGACUUCUUAAUCAUGACAUAGAGAUUGUGAGGAAGAAAGAAGUUUAUUAGGUAUUCUAUUCCCCAACUCCGUAUCUCAAAUGGAUUAUUUAACCGAACCUCCACUUCUUAGGAUCCCUAACUCACUUCAAAGCUCCGUUCAGAUUUUACCUAUUAUGGGAAGCCAUUCUGGACCUUUCCCUCCGCCCCCACAACCCAAUUGUUAGCAUUUUUUCCUUCUUCAAAUGACCACAUAUGUUCUUGUUGUUAUUAUUCAGUCCUGUCUGACCCUUCAGGACACCA